AUGAUGGAGGUCCUUGCGCAGGAUGAGUCCACCAUCGAAGACUGUCGAAUGGCAUUGAAAACGGCUUAUCUAGAAAGAGACUACCUCGAGGCAAUCGGACACGCAUCGCGCAUCUUAGACGCCGAGAAAGGGAGGAAUCAGCAGGUGGAGCAGUUGUUUGUCGAGUUUGAGAAUGACAGCCUUCAACUCCAGUUGGACCGAUUGAACCAAGACUUGGCCAGGUCGAUGAGAAGGGAGACCGAUGCGCGACAGGAACUCCGAAAGGUCUACGAGGAUCUGAACCGGUCUCAUCAGACGGCUGUGAUUUGCUCGCGGGAAACCGAGGAACUUCGCGAAGAGCUUGCCUCCGUAAAUACCGUUUCCGCGGACUCUCAAAAGCUUGUCGCCGAGAAAACGCGACUGUCGAGAGACCUGGCAUCGCUGCAAUCCGAGGCGGAGCGACUCCGAUCUCAAGCAGCUUCCACGUCUGCCGCCAUCGCCGAAAAGCAGGCCCUCGAACGUCAAUUCAACGCCUUGGAUGUAGAGCUGGAGGAUGAGAAACGAGCGCAUAAUCAUACCCGCGCUCAGGCGUCCAAACUGUCAGACGAGAUCGUCACCCUCACAACCAAGCUGGACGAGACGCGGAAGAAGCUUGCCGAGGUGGAGAGCAGUGCUCACCAACAAAGCCGUAAAUGGGCCUCGGAACGCACCACACUGGAAGCGAAGAUCGAAAGUCUGAGUCGGAAGCAGUCUCUUGAUCAGGAGAGUCUCGCUAUGGCACAGGCUAACAAUCAACGACGGCCGGUUGCGCCGGAAGCUACAAGACUGGCCGAUCCGCCUCCGCAGACCGUCCCACUCAAGGAUCAGUCCCGCAGCUCCCGAUUUGAUCCCGGCAUGACCAUCAGCACGCCUGGUGCCGUCCGCGGCGCGGAGAAAAAGAAGCAACCCAUCACACGACCGGGUGAAAAGUCUGCAUUCUCCAUCACCCCGUUCCUGGAACGCACGAAAGGGCGAGAUUCGACUAUGUCCUCGGACGAAUCAGAGAACGACACCCCUGUGGCGCGCGCGGUUGAUCGCGCGAGGGAACAGCGCUCGGAAGCCCCUAGUGAAGGUCGAAGCAUCGCUUCCAGCAACCGGGAGCCGUCAGUGUCGGCCAAUGAGGCAGUUUCAGAGGAGCAACCGGCCCAGGCCAAGCCCAAGGCCAAAGUCACGAAGAAAACACAGAAGAAACCGAGCAACCUGGUUGACGCCAGCGAUAUGGCAGGGACCUCUGCAUCCUUAUUCAACCGUGCCCCAGGUCUAGGAAUGGCGAAAACCAAGAAGCGCAAGCUGGGUGGGCAGCGUGACAAGACCCUGCUUGACGAUGACUUCGAGGAGGAGCCCUCAAAGGACCUCAAAAAACCCGCCGCAUUCGGUGCGUUUUCGACAUUUUCGCCCCUGAAGAAAGAUCGGCGUCGAUAA